AUGGACGGUCAACGACAAUACAUCCCGGGACCACCACCCACCCAGCAUCCCAUCAACCUGCCUCCGCCUCCUCCACGACACCCCCACCAACAUCAGCCCGUACAGCUUCAGACUGGGGUGCCACCACCACCCCCUGGGCCCCCUCCAGGGACGGGAUACGGAACAACCUCUGGAUGGCAGCAAAGCUGGGGUAGACAGGCGCUGCCUACUGGGUUUCCCCCUCCACCUCCUCCGCCGCUCCCACAAAACCAACAUAUCGCAGCAUAUCGUCAACCAGCUCCACUCUCAAUCGUGACACCGCACGACCACCAGCCACUCACUUCCGCAACCUAUAUACCUGGAAACGACACCAUUGGUGUCGGUAUCCCGCCCUUGUUCGAGACCAAUGGGCAAACGUAUGAUCCCUACACCCAGCAACGGCAAGCAAGUAGCCAGACAUAUCAUCCUGGCACUGAUGGAACCUAUAACCCCCAGACUCCAGGGACUCGGGUGACUCCUCCGUUCGCCCUACACAACAAUGUUCAUGAGUUGGUGACGAGCGACAAUCCGCCGCAAAGCUCAAUUCCCCAGAGCAUGGAUCUUACAAAAUCGCCGAGUCACCGGCAUCAGACUAGCGGUGCUUCAUUAGGUGGAAUGUCACCUGGCGAGGCUGCGGUGCAAUGGCCGCUCGACCGAGUACUUCUCUGGCUUGCAAGAAACGGGUUCUCAAAAGAUUGGCAAGAAACUUUCAAGUCCCUGGAGCUACAGGGUGCUGAUUUCCUUGAGCUUGGUUUGGCAUCCGGUGGACGUGGAAACCUUGGGAAAAUCCACAAGGUUGUGUAUCCCCAAUUAGCCAAGGAAUGUGCUCAAAGCGGUACUGGAUGGGAUUCAACCCGGGAGCGAGAAGAGGGCCUGCGCAUGCGCAAGUUAAUCCGCCAGAUUCACGAUAAUGAAUCAGACUCUUCAAUCUCAACGCCUAUGCGCGGUGAACCACCGGCCUGGGCUAGCACAUCGGCUGAAAGUGGGAAUGGAUUCUAUUCGAGUCAACUGACUGAGCCCCGUUCGGCUGGCCCGAUACCCGGGGUCAAUGAUAUCUCUCCAGAGCAACUUAGCAGUGCCCAAAAUGCGGCAGCUGCCCAGAAGCCUGCGCAGAUGCGCUCUGUGACUUUGCCAAUCCCUUCCGGUCAUGAUUCGCCAAUGUACGAAUCUCCCUCGCGUGAAUCUCCUAGUUGGCUGCGCUCUGACUAUUCCAGAAACGCUUUGGCGGCAGUCAACGAGCACAGACGACAGAGCCCCUCUGUUUCCAGUGAGAGCGCUGCUCUACCACCAUCGCUGCGGGCUCAGGAUAGCCCAAAGAGUGGCAGUCCCGCCACCCAAUAUGUGUCUCCUGCAUACGCGGGGCUAACGUCUUCAUCGACUGGAGAUUUGACGUUGAAGUAUGAACAUUCCCGUGGGAAUAGCACAGAGUCUAUUUCCGGUGUUGGACGUGGCUCUGCUACGAUGAGCCGGUACUACGACAGUCGCAGACAAGGCCAAGAUAUCCCUCGUCCGUCGCCACAGGAUGCAGGUAAGCCUUUUGGUGGAGAGACGCCUUCAUCCUAUUCUAGAGAUCAUGGCAAGAGCAUUUUGAAUCUCUUCACAAGGAAAAAGGGACACAAAACCGACUUCUCGAGUCAUCCCUCCCCGGAGGAUUUGGAGUCUCCCCCAAGUCCCGAGCCUCGCGCAAACGGUAACGGCUACCUUCCGUAUCAACCUGCCUUCAAUUCAAGCGACAUGUCUUUGGGCGAGCGUCCCUCCUCGGCCACCACGGCCAAGACGAAGAAGUGGAUCUUCGCGACUAUGGAUGGUGUCAACUACCGCCUGAUCGAUGUUACAGAUUGGGACUCCGUGGAAGCCGUACGCGCUGGUAUCUGCCAGAAGUUAGGGAUCUCCGAUUGGAGCAGCGCACAGAUUUUCCUCACCCAGCCCGGACAGUCUGAGCAUGAGGAUCCCAUGAGCGAUUCAAUCUUGGCAGUUAGCCGCAGGACCAAGUCCGACGCGUAUGGGUCGUUGAAGGUGUUUGUCAAGGGCGCCCCUAGUCACGCCCCAGCGAACCUUCUCCCCCGGUUCGAUGGUCUUGGAGUUUCGAUACCCACUGAUAAAUUGGCUCAGUCUCCCACGGCAACUCACGCACCCAUCCAUCGGAAACCACUGGAGGAAGGGGCACUGAAUAGAAUAUCACCGCACGCCCAGACGAAGUUCAAUACCGACCUUCUAGGCUCCCGGCAGAGUACAUUGAAAGCAUCAACUGGCAAAACACUGCCAGAUGGUUCUCCAGACCCUAAUCAGACUGUGGAUGCCGAAAAGAUGGACCUGCUUGCACGCCACGAGGCACACAUGCGUGAAGUCGAACGCAAACAAAAGGAGCAUCGCAUCUCUCGACUCCCGCCGAUUACACAACAACCGCGGAAGGAUACCUACGGUGAGACUGGGUACAGGCGUGAAGGUGUGAUUGACUUCGAUUCGCCGCGCAUUUCUCCGUACGAAGAGAAGAAGUCUGAAAAGGCUGACACACUGGUCCCUCUCCGAAAACCACCAGUUGCGCCGAAUGAGUCCAACACACUUACCAAAGUCAACUCAUUGAGAAAGGCUCCGGGUGAGCGAGCAGAUCGUCACCGACCUCAGCCCCACUCUGCAGGACAAACCCAUGGGCUUGGAGCAGUCCUGGCAAGUGUCGGUCGAAUGACCAGUGCGAUUGGCACUCCAUCUCCUUCGGUCCCGGUUCCUUCGACGCCUUCAUCGAACACCCAAGAUAGUGCCGGUUCUGAUUCGGACCGAACAAAUACGAUGGAUUCUGCUGCAACGGCUUCAAGCAGGACGACGCUAGGUAAGCCAGAAGAGCAGACUCGCUAUCAUCAGACAACUCUCUAUGCUGGUGCCGUCAGUGCUAACCCCUUGGUCGAUCUAGAUUCCGGGAAGACUGCUCCCAGUUUUGCCGCAGAGCAAGUUCAACGGUCACCCUCUUCAUUCGCUACUCGGUCCGCCACAAAUACAUCUUCCCCUCAGAGUGCAAUGUCGCAAAAGCCAUCUUUGCAGUCUCGCAAGUCAUUUGGACCCGAGUUCGACUUUGAAGAAUCCGAAGUGUCCUUCUUCCGGAGCCCACCACAGUCGACUGAACAACCUGAUGAUGGCGAUGAUGAUUCUUCUGAUGAUGGUCUCUUCGCAAUUCGACCUUCAAGAAAUGAGCCCCAGACGCCCAAGCCUGAACCUGAGAAAAGACGGAAGCCUUCCCUCAGCUUGGAUACUGACAAUACCAAACCGCGUCGGGUUGUCAGCUUCAUCUCCCCGAAUACUACUGCUGCCAAGAGCUUUGCCACCCCGGCAGGAAAUACCUCUGGUGGUGACACUUCCGAAUCGCCAGAGAAGUUCUCGGGCACCUUUUACGGACCGGAUUCCUCAGACGACGAACAACCUCCGCGCAGAGAUUCGUUUGCGAAUGGAGACGUCUGGGCUAGCAGACCUGCUGUGGAGGGCGUUAUCGAUAACCUGGAUAGCUUCUUCCCGGAUGUCGACCUCGAUGCUCCUUACCUAGAGGAGCCUCCGUCACCUAAUACCAGUAAGGCCGAUGUUGAAAGUGGAGCAACCAUCAGGGGCAAGCAGGACGCUUCGCCAGCGCCACAGCCCGUUGUCGAUCUCAGCAGUUUCACCCCGGAUAUUUCGACAAUGCGUCCCCCGCCACCCCCUCAAGGUGCAUCGAUCGUUGCUAGACGCAAUGUAGAUCGCAGUGGUGGCUUGUCACGAAAGAAGUCCAUUCGUGAAGUGGCUAGAGGUGCUGCGCACAGAACCAAGAGCAUUGGCUCCGCCGGACCACAACAAUCGAGCAACCUGCUCCGACGAAAGAGCACCAAGAUGUUCGGCGCGAAGAUCAUGCAAAUCAGUCCCAAGCCAGGCACAAGACUCAGCCAGCUCGAUCCGAUCCCUCAAAAUGCCCCCGCGCCAGGGCCGAGUGGCUCCGUCCCACAACGCCAGCCUACAUUCCGCAUUAUCCGUGGUCAGCUUAUUGGCAAGGGAACCUACGGUCGUGUGUACCUGGGCAUGAACGCAGAUAAUGGUGAAGUCUUGGCGGUGAAGCAAGUUGAGAUCAACGCCAGAAUCGCGGGAACAGACCGAGAUCGCAUCAAGGAGAUGGUGGCUGCUUUGGACCAGGAGAUUGACACGAUGCAGCAUCUGGAGCACCCGAAUAUCGUCCAGUACCUGGGUUGUGAGCGAGGAGAACUGUCGAUCUCCAUCUACCUCGAGUAUAUUUCCGGUGGUUCCGUUGGAAGUUGUCUUCGCAAACAUGGCAAGUUUGAAGAGAGUGUCGUGAGAUCGUUGACACGACAAACUCUCGACGGUCUGGCCUAUCUGCACGACAUGGGUAUUCUCCACCGUGAUCUGAAGGCGGAUAAUAUUUUGCUUGACCUUGACGGUACUUGCAAGAUCUCCGACUUUGGUAUCUCCAAGAAAACCGAUGACAUCUACGGUAACGACUCGACCAAUUCUAUGCAGGGCUCCGUCUUUUGGAUGGCACCGGAGGUCAUCCAGUCGCAGGGCCAGGGAUAUAGUGCCAAGGUUGAUAUUUGGUCACUUGGCUGUGUGGUGUUGGAGAUGUUUGCUGGUCGUCGGCCGUGGAGCAAGGAGGAAGCCGUUGGUGCUAUCUUCAAGUUGGGUAGCCUUAACCAGGCUCCACCCAUUCCCGACGAUGUGUCCAUGAAUAUCAGUCCUGCAGCGCUUGCCUUCAUGUAUGACUGCUUCACUGUGGAUUCAUCUGAACGUCCCACGGCGGGCACUCUGCUCACCCGUCACCCCUUCUGCGAGCCGGACCCCAGUUACAAUUUCUUGGAUACGGAGCUUUAUGCCAAGAUCCGUCACGUUUUGUGA